CGUUGCGCUUUAAUGUCCUUAUCGCGAGAUUAAUGUAAUCUCACCCGGAAGCCCGCGAACAACUCCGUUGUUUCACUGGAGCUGUGGAGGAAAACAGACAGCGUAGCAUGCAAAAACUUUUAUAAAAGCAGAAAUAAGAUGAAAAAUGUUGGCAAGACGAGCCUCCCAGGUUCGAAAACCUCCAUUGAGUCUCAUAGGAGAUUUUGAGACCGAAGGAGCAACGAAAGGAGUCACUUCUGGCGAGAUAAGUUUCCUGCAUUUUGUCAGAUCCCGUGAGGAUGCUGGAGAUGGUGAUGAGGUGCUGGAGGACCAACGAGGGAGAAAACAUGGGGAUGUUGGAGGUUCUGGUGAUGUGGUCAGAGACCGAAGCCGCUCACCCCAUCAUCAGAGGUGGAGGACAGAUGCAGAGCCUGACGAUGGAGCCCCUCCACCACUGAGGUUUAACCCCAGGUGCACCCCGGGUGUCCAGCUACCUCUAAAUUCAGGAAACCCAUCACCGGGUAAAAUCUUUUCCUACAUUUUUGAUUCUGAAGUUUUCAGACUUAUCACUGAAAACACAAACAAGAAUGCAGCCAGAAACCAGGAGAAAGGGGGGAAGUUCACCUGGACUAAAAUGAGUCAAAGAGAAGCAAAGAAAUUUAUCGGCCUGCUGUUGUACAUGUCAGUGUUGGACUUGCCGAGGAUGACUGACUUUUGGCGUCAAAGCACAAUUUUCCAUGUGCCGUUCCCCGCUACGGUCAUGACUCGAGAGCGCUUCAUGGCUAUUUUAUCUAGUCUCCAUUUCAGCGACCCAGAGAAAGAUGAGGAGAACGAGCAGAAGAAGAGCACAGAGGAUUAUGACCCCCUCCACCAGGUCAGACCUCUAAUGGAGAUGAUCCGCACAAUCUCCAAGACCAUCUACCACCCAAAACAGCACCUUUCAGUGGUCGAGAGGAUGGUUGGGACAAAACAAUGUAUGAAGACCAAGCCAACAAAUCGGAGGUUUAAGCUUUUUGUGCUAGCAGACAUAAACGGCUACACCGUUGACUUCAAGCUCUACACAGGAAAAUCUAAGACGGCAUCAGGAAAGGGGCUCUCUUUUGAUGUAGUCUCAAGUCUGGUCAACAGAGACUACCUGGGGUCUGGGUAUCUUGUAUACACAGACAUUUACACUAGUCCCGUCCUCUUUCGACACCUGAGCCAGCAGGGAUUUGGAGCUUGUGGAAUAUACAGGCAGGGAAUAGAUGGUGUCCCCACCACCAAAGAAAAUGACUUGACCAAAAGAUCCCCACCAGGCAGUAUCCGCUGGAUCAGGGAUGGCGACCUUUUAUUUGUGAAGUGGAUGGGCACCAGAGAGGUCUCCAUGUGCUCCACCAUCCACCCUAUGUACAGUGGAGACACAGUGCAGCGCUGGCAGAAGACAGUUACGGUGUUCAACAAGUACACGGAAGGAGUCGACACUUCGGACCAGAUGAUUGGGACAAGCGCAGUCCGACGGAAAACCAGGAGAUGGCCCAUCAUGGUUUUCCAUCAUCUGGUUGACAUUGCUGUGACGAACUCCUUCGUCAUCCACAAGACUCGCUGUGAAAGCCUGCGGGAGAAGCCGCUGACUCGUCAGCAGUUCCUGGAAGAGGUCGCUGCACACCUGCUCGGGGUUGACUUGAAAAGUGACCUUCAAAAGAACCCGGAUCAGCACCUACCUGUCCCCACAAGGAGUGGACAGACCAAAUCGCAGAGGGCCAGCAUGGGGCGACGACGCUGCAAAGUCUGCAGCAAGAGCACCCCCUGGAAGUGUUGGACUUGUGAUGUGGGUCUAUGCCUGCAGCCAGAGAGAAACUGUCACUGGCAGUUUCAUCAACACCUUAAGAGGAGUCAGGGAGCAGAGAACUGAUCUGCAUACACUUCACAUUUAUGCUAUGUUUUUGCACAUUUAUCAACAAAGAUACAGAUAUUUUGUUGUAAAUAGUCGUCAAAUAUAAACUUUUAACGUGCAAGACCUUUUGUUUGUGUUUAAUUGUACUAUUUUUUUUCACUAAAAACUCUUCAAAUUAAAAUCGUGUUCUUUAUUUUUUUCAUUUUAAAUGGUUAUUACUCUCUUACAGCAUUGAGUAAACUGUGAAUUACUAACAUUAAAUGUAAUGUUUUCUAGAAAAAGGAGCUAAAGGAUUCAUUUACAGGACAUUGACCCUUUCAUAGUCAAAAUUAUCAGAAAACUUGAGGCAAACGCUUAGAGAUUGUUUUCAUUGAGGUUGAAAGAAAUAUCAGAGAGCAUAGGAACCUCUUGGAUAGUAUAGAACAAUAUCACAUACAACACGUGUCAAAGUAAAGACCAGGGGGCCGGAUCCUCCAGAUCAUUUUAUUUUAUUGUUAUUAGUCACCCAAUGUUAUCUUGU